GUCAUCAAAUGCAGGUGUGUAUGAGUGGGUAAGGAUAAAAAAAAACAAAAAAAACAUGCAGAACAGUGUUUCACCAGAUACCAGGGUUGGGAAACGCUGCAUCACAGCCCCUAGGUUAGAUCAGUUUAGCCUGAUCCUGGUUCUCGAUGAGAGACGUAGCGUCCUGCUCAUUUCUGCAGACAUCGCUGCCCCACCCACCCACCCCGAUCAGCUGGAUCAGGUCGUUCAGGGUUCAGUCACUGAGGUGCAAAGACCACCAGGAAGAGCUUUGCCAUCAUCCGCUCACAUGGAGUCACAAGAAGCUCCGCCCGUUAAAUCUGCCUCUGCCCCCUCGGGGCCAGUGGUCUGUGAGGUCUGUGGGCUGUAUUUCGAGACCCGGCGAGGACUCUCCAGCCACGCUCGCCUCCACCUGCGGCAGCUGGGCGUGACCGUGUCGGAGAGCAGCGGCGCUCCCAUAGAGCUGCUCUACCAGCUCAUCCAGGAGAGAGACGGCUCCCUGUCGGCCUUCAACGCAGACCCCUCUGGAGCCGGAUCCACAGCUCCUAAGAAGAAACCCCAACAGGAACCCAAGACGUCGUCUGUGCAAGAAGAGAAGAGCUCGACCUCCAAGGCAGGAGGGAAUCGCUCGACGGCCCCACAAAAGGCCGAUCGCCAGGGACCGUCAGGCCGACUGACAGAGCCAGCGGAGCCUCUGAGGUCGGCCGAAGGCAGCAGCUCCUCUUUCUCAGAUCAUCAAAGUGUCACCAAGCCUCUGUGGGCGCCACUGGAUACGGAUGCUCCCAUUACCUUAACUUCAGACACGAGUCACGAGGCCCACGUUUGCCAGCUUUGUGGCUGCUGGUACGAGACACGGCGAGGUCUCUCCAGUCACGCCCGAGCCCACCUUCGCCAAAUUGGGAUCCCCGACAGUGCCAUAAAGGGGGGGCCCAUAGAGUUCCUUUACAAGAUGAUGGAGGAGGACCCAAAGCCCUUGAGCGCAGAGCUACAGGAUGAAGGCGCAUCCUCCCCCAAACGUCCCGCCGAACUGUCGUCUCCGCCCACAUCUCCUGCCAGCAAGCGGCCCAAAGCGUCUGAGGACUGCACCUGCGUCCUGUGCGGGGAGCAGUUUGAGAACCGAAAGGGGCUGGGCAGCCACGCACGCUCUCACCUGCGUCACAUCGGGGUGAGCGACCUGGUGGGGAAGAACUCCGCCAUCGACACGGUGGAGGAGCUGGUCAGCAGCGGCAUGAUCGAAGUCAUGCACCCCCCGAAAACCAGCAGCUCCCCUGCGACCACGUCUCCGGCGCCGCCCUCCCCCGGGCUCCCUGCUUCCUCUCCGCCUCCGAGCCAAGGCAGGACCGUCUUCCUCUCCUCGGCCCCCCCCCAGAGUCCAAAGAUGAGCUCCCAGGUUCCUCUGCACCCCAGUAACAGAGCUCCAAAGGCCAAGAAAGGCUUCCGGCUGGCAGUGGACCCCCUCCUCCGGAAACCGAAGCCUGAGCCCGUCGAGGUCGAGGUCUCUGAAUCCAAGACAUCCAGUCCUGAGGACGGCUCCUCUGUGGCCAGUUUUCCUGCAGCUCCCACCUCUGCGGCGCCUCUUGACUCAGACCUGCAGUCUCCUCCAACCGUUCUCUGUGACUUCUGCGGUCAGCUGUUCGAAACGCGCAAAGCCCUGUCCUGCCACGUCCGCGCCCACCUGCGCCAGCUCGGCCUGACCUGGUCGAUCAGAACCUCUCCCAUCGACCUCCUCAAAGAGGUCAUGCUGCACGGUGAAGACGGGAAGGCCAAACAGCCGUGGGCCCCGCAGGGCUCCAAAAGGCCCCGGAGGAGCCUCUCUGCCGAGGAAGGCGCUUCCACCUCCUGCACGUCACCUGUGGAUUAUUCCAUGAAAGACAAGUCUCUGCCGGGGAAGACGGCGGUCCCUCGUGUGGACACCUGCUGCCAGCUCUGCGGGUUCGACUUUGAGAACCGUAAGGCGCUGGCGAGCCACGCUCGGGCGCACCUCCGGCAGCUGGGCAUAUUUGAGUGGAAGGUGGACGGAGCGACGUCGCCCAUCGAGCUCCUCAGUGAAAUCAUCCAAAAAGAUCCCGCCAGGGUGGCUGAGAUUACCAAACGCUAUCGCUUCGGAGACCUCUACAUCAAGAAGUCCCAGAGAACCCAGAGAUCGACUUCCCCCUCCGCCUCGCCGGACUCUGGCGCUGUGGGCGGCGGCAGCAGGAGGACGUUCGCGCAGCAGGAGCUCAAGGCCAGCAGGAAGGACCACGGCAGCAUGAGCGCUCACACGCCGAAGGGGGUCCAUCCACUGAAACACGGAGUGUCGUCAGGGCAGGAAAACCGGAAACCGCAGCGGCCGCCUCGCUCCGGCAGCAUCCCGGCGCUGCUGCCGAAGCCCCCCCUCACCCCGCUGGUCAAACUGGUGGGGAAGGUCUACUCCCUCAAGUGCAGGUUCUGUGACGAGGUGUUCCACGGACCUCUGUCCGUUCAGGAGCAGUGGAUCAGCCAUCUGCAGAAGCAUAUCCUGUUGCUGGGCUACAAAAGCACAGAAGCGGCUCCGCCCACACCCGUGACCCGCCCUACACUCGUUGAUCCCGUCGCUGUCUAGUCCACCUCUUUGCUGUCUGAUGAAAAGAAGGAAGCUUUUGAAGAAGAGAUGUUCCCCGUUUGUCCACAGGAGGGCAGACAUGAGCUGGAGGAGUGUCACCCACUCAGGUGAAAUCCCACCUAGACUGCUGUUUUUACUGAAACCACCAGGUUUUUAAAUAGUUUUCUGUGUUGGUUUGGUUUGGAUGAACUUUUUAAAAGCCAAUCUUUGAUCAAACCACAAAAACAUUCUCUGAAAAUGAACUUUGUAUGCAAACUUUUUACUGGAGUUCCCAUAAAUUUCCUCUGUUCAUCAAAUAAUCUAAAUAUUUGUGAUGUUUGUACUCUUGUUUACUGUUUUAAGGCCUAAAAUGUCUUUUUUUUUUAAAUAAUUCAGCUCAACUUUAACUAUGUAAAUGUUUUUUGUUCUUCUAGAGUGGCCAGACUGUAGAAGUUUCUUGUUCUUCUGCCAUGAAACACAUCUGUUACUGUUUCAACAGAAAUAAAUGGAACAUUUUGUGAAUGAC